AUGGAGCCAAAGCCCUCCACACUAAGCCGCUGCUGCUGCAGGCGCAGCAGCAGCAGCUGCUGCUUCAGCAGCACCAAGUGGCGGUCGAGAUCCACGUGGGGAUCUGCUGCAGUGAAGCCAAGAGGAGCAGCCGCAAAGACGAGAGGCAGCGGCUCUGCUGCUGAGAGUGCAGCAGCAGCAGCAGCAGCAGCGCCGACAGCUAGAGCAGCAGCAGUAGCGGCAGCAAGACAAGCAGCUGCAGCAGCAGCAAGAGCUACUGCAGCAGCAAACGCCGAAAGACGCAUUCAGCGGAUCCGGCGGCAGCAAAACAAAGGCAUAGCAGCAGCAGCAGCAGCAGCAGCAACAGCAGCAACAGGCGGCUGGAGCAGCAGCAGCAGUGACGCAUGCUGUGCUUGCAGCUGUGUCUCACCGCGCAGCCGGAGCAAGAGCUAUGGUUUGAAUUGCUGCUGCAGCAAAGGAGGACCCAGCAGCAGCAACAGGGGCAGCAGCUGCUGCAGCAGCCCUAAAGUCUCCCGGCCUGCUGCUGCUGCGCUGCUGCCGCAGACUACUUCCUGCAACGCAGAGGCAGAGAGGCCACGCUGCUACUGCUAUCUUCCCUGCAGCAGCAGCAGUAGCAGCAGCAGCAGCAGCAGCAGCUGCAGCAGCACCCCAAGCUCCGCAGGGCACAGCGCAAGACGGAGCAUUUGCUGCAGCGCCAAAGCCGGUUGCAGCAGCAGCAGCAGCAGCAGCAGCAGCAGCUCAGCAUCAUCUCUGCUGCUCUCCAGCAUUGGGGCAAGUGCAACGUCAAGAUGCCUUUCUAUGCAGGCAGCAGCAGCAGAAGCAGUUGCUGCUGCUGCAGCAGCGAACGAACACGCCGCUGCUCUAACGACCUCUGCUGCAGCAAACAUGCCCCAAAGCUGUGGGCGUCCCCCGCAGCAGCAGCAGCAGCAGCUGCUGCUGCAGCAGCAGCAAAGCUUCGCUGUGGAAGAGCUGCUGCGGCCGAUGUUGCUGCCUUCAUAUGAUGCAGCAGCAGCACAAGAAGUGCGCGUACACCCCAAGCAAUCAGCAGGGCCUGCCGGUUUCUACAAGCAGCAGCAGCAGCAGCAGCAGCAGCAGCAGCAGCAGAAGCAGAAGUACUGCUGCUCAACAGACAUAUCGACUUUUGGGACAACGGUGGACAGCGAGAGCUGUUGCUGCUGCAGCGGGCACUGCAGCAGCAGCGACUGCGGCAGCAGCAAAUUCUGCCACAGCAACUGCGGCAGCAGCAGCAGCAGCAACUGCAGCACUAGCAGCAGCAACUGCAGCAGCAGCAGCAGCAACUGCAGCAGCACGGAGGCCUUCCUUGCUGCUGAUGUCGCUUGGUGGCAAAGCCGUGCUGCUGCCUGGAGGCGCCACGCUGUCUCUUCUUUCAAGCAGCUGCAGCAGAUGCAGCAGCUCAGCAAAAGCCUGCAGCAGCAGCUGCGCUUCAUGCAGCAGCAGCAGCAGCAGCAGCAGCAGCAGCAGCAAAAUGGGAUCAACCAAGUGCAAACAGCAAAGGCUCGAAAUGCCCGAGCACUUUGCCACUGA